CGACGGCUGUGGCAGAAUCAGAGAGCUAUGGCGACCUCCUCCCGCCUGCUCGUCGCCUCUCGCACGUUCGCUGAUUCUCGAGUCCACGACUCGUCUGCCACUUCUCCGAGAGGAUCCGUCGGGAGAGUCAGAGUCGUAGGCUCGCUCGCAACAGCAGAGAAGAAUGUCCUCGCUGGGAGGCCCUCGUGGAGCUGCGGAGGAGGGAGUGGAUUUCUCGGCGGAGGUGUCAAAGCUCUGCGAAUUCCUGUCGGUGGGAAGGUGGAAUUUGCGGCGGCGAAGGGUAGACGAGCUGGUGGGUGCUGUGAAGCGUCUCUGGAUGCUCUGAUUUUCGAUUGCGAUGGGGUCAUUCUGGAAUCGGAGGAUCUCCACCGGCGCGCUUACAACUUGACCUUCGAGCAUUUCAAUGUCAAGUGUGGCUCGAAGCUCGUGGACUGGGAUACGGAAUUCUACGACGUGCUGCAGAACACUAUCGGAGGCGGAAAGCCCAAAAUGCGCUGGUACUUUGCCAGGAACGGGUGGCCCACUUCUUCUCUGUUCGAAACUGCGCCAGAAAGCGAGGCCGACCAAUCCACGCUCAUCGACUCCCUUCAGGACUGGAAGACCGAGAAGUACAAAGACCUCAUUCGCUCAGGAGCUGAGCCAAGACCAGGAGUACUGGAACUCAUGGAUGAAGCUCGCUCCAUGGGAAUCAAGUUGGCAGUGUGCUCAGCAGCAACGAAGAGCUCUGUCGUGUUCUGUCUGACCAACCUUUUGGGAAAGGAGCGAUUCGAACAACUUGAUUGCUUCCUUGCAGGCGACGACGUGAAAAACAAGAAGCCAGAUCCGUCCAUUUACAAAGUUGCUGCUGAGAAACUAGGGGCUAAUCCGGGAAGAUGCCUGGUGGUAGAAGACAGUGUCAUCGGAUUACAGGCUGCACUCGGAGCUGGCAUGACCUGCGUGAUCUCGUACACAUCUUCCACUUCUAAACAGGAUUUCGCCGGUGCGUCGGCAUCUUAUCCAAAUCUCGGAGGAGUCAGCCUUACUGAGUUGAUCAAAGUCGUGGAUUCAGCUCCGGCUGUACUGUAAGGUUCUUCAUCAGUUCUUACAAGCCAUCGCCAAGCAGCUCCGUGUAACACUAGUUCAACUUUUGUACUCAUAGAAAAUCAUUGAAACAAGAAAGAGAAGAACAUGAAGACAUAACUGAAGAUGGUGGCCGUUCAGCCCAUAUAGAUACUUGUUCGCAGGAUGCUGAACAAAUCUCAUGAACAAGUCGGUAAGUCGAUCAGAGUAUCCAGGACCAAGAACAGUUAUCAUGCAGAGUACUGCCUCGCUUCUUCGAACUCCAGACUUUGCUCGUCGUCUUCUUUUAGGAUUCAUUCAAGAGGGAAGAUUUCAGGUGCUUGUAAACGUAACAAAGAAUAUCUACACCCAACUGUUCCAUUACCAAGCCAUUUAUUUAUUCAGUGUCGUCUCCUAUUAUCUUGUCAACGCCAGAUGUUUAUUUCACUUGCAAAGAUUCUCGCUCGG